UCUACUAAUCACCUUUUCAUAUCCGCAUUCAUUAUGCUCACAUCCAAGGUCAUCUGUGACAACACUUACUCCAACAAAUCCUGGAGUAUUGUAGCCCAGGGCAUGUUCCAAUUACGAGAAAUCAAUCAGGUGAGGCGUCAGUAUCUAGAUUAUAGAAUGAGAAUUCAGCCU